AUGAAAAAUAAAACCAUGUUGACUGAGUUUAUCCUGCUUGGUCUGACAGAUGUCCCUGAACUCCAGGUGGUGGUUUUCACCUUUUUCUUUCUCACCUAUUUGCUCAGCAUCAUUGGAAAUCUGACUAUCCUCAUCCUCACCUUGCUGGACUCCCACCUUCAGACUCCCAUGUAUUUCUUUCUUCGGAACUUCUCCUUCCUGGAAAUUUCCUUCACAAACACCUUCAUUCCCAGGGUCCUGAUCAGCAUCACAACUGGAAACAAGAGUGUCAGCUUUGCUGGCUGCUUCACUCAGUACUUCUUUGCCAUAUUCCUUGGGGCAACAGAGUUUUUUCUUCUGGCUGCCAUGUCCUACGAUCGCUAUAUAGCCAUAUGUAAACCCCUGCAUUACAGGAUCAUCAUGAGCAGGAGAGUCUGCACCCAGCUGGUUCUCUGCUCUUGGCUAGCAGGGUUAAUGGUUAUUAUACCACCAAUCACUCUGAUGAGUCAGCAGAACUUUUGUGCAUCCAACAGGCUUGAUCAUUAUUACUGCGACUAUGAGCCUCUUCGAGCACUCUCUUGUUCAGACACAAGCCUCAUAGAAAAAGUUGUCUAUCUUGUGGCAUCUGUGACCCUGGUAGUCACUCUGGUGCUAGUGAUUCUCUCCUACAUGUUCAUCAUCAGGACUAUUCUGAAGCUCCCCUCUGCCCAGCAAAGGAAAAAAGCCUUUUCCACUUGUUCUUCCCACAUGAUCGUCAUCUCCCUCUCUUAUGGAAGCUGCUUCUUCAUUUAUAUUAAGCCCUCAACGAAAGAAGGGGACAAAUUUAACAAGGGAGUAGCUCUGAUCUUUACUUCAGUUGCACCUUUGUUGAACCCCUUCAUUUAUACCCUAAGGAACCAACAGGUGAAACAAGCCUUCAAGGAUAUGGUCAAAAAGCUUGUGGUGGUGACCAGGAAGUAA